CAACAAGAAAAAGAGCACUCUAUCCUACGUCUUCAGGUUGAAGAGGAGAGGCACAAGCGUAUGCUCUUGGAGAAGGAGUUUAAUGCCUUGUUGCAAAAGCAGGAAAUACUUGAGAGAACAGAAGUGCGUGAAAAAGUUGUGCGAACCGAAAAAAUUCAAGUCGAACGAGACCCAGAGGCUGAGAUGGACAUUAUAAGGCUGACGAAAAGCCUUGAAGAAGAGGAAAAGCGGCGUCGUGAACUGGACCAAGAGAUUAUCAACCUAAACUCGAAGCUUUCGGAGAUCGAGUUCACCAAUACAAAAUCAUCCAAAGAACUCGACUACAUUCGCGAUGAAAGCAACGUGUUACAGCAGGAGAACCAGCGCCUACAGAACGAAUUAAGGAAGCUUCACUCCGAAAUCGAGAUCACCACAAAAGAAACCAGACACAUCACUGAGACUUCCCCGGUGGAAAACAGCAGGAACCUGGAAAUUCGAUUGGAAUCCUUGCAAAGAGAACUCUCUGACCUCAAGCGCAUCAGAAUCGAGAAAGACGAAGAAAUCGAAAAGCUUCAGAAGAGUCUGUCUGCAAUGAGAGUGAAGAGGGAGCAGCGAGAAAGUCAUCUCCGCCGCUCAAUUGUCGUCAUCGAUCCAGACACUGGAAAGGAGAUGAGGCCUGAGGAGGCUUACAAGCUUGGCCUAAUCGACUGGAAAAUGUUCGUCAACCUUCAGAGUCAAGAAUGCGACUGGGAGGAGAUCACAGUCAAGGGUCCGAAUGGCGAGUCCUCCGUUCUUCAUGACAGAAAAUCGGGCAAGAAGUUUUCCAUUGAAGACGCUCUGAGGGCUGGA